AUGACCUCACCAACCCCCAACCCCUUUAACACAAAACCACCCUUCUCCUUUCCCUCCAAAUCCACAACCUCAACCUCAACCUCAACUCCCCUACCCCUCCCCCUCUCCCAAGGCCUCCUUCUCUCCUCCUCUUCCGAUCCCCUCGCACCCCUCGAACUACGUCUCGUCUCUCUCCUUUCAUAUCCCUGCACCGCCAUCGUAAAUCCCAUUUCUCAAUCGCCGUCUGCCUAUCCACUCAUGCGUGCGAAGGGUGCGAUGACGGGGUUUACGAGUUCUGGGACUGCGAGUUCUGGGCUCGUGGACUCGCCUUCCCGGAUGGAUAUGAGUAUAAGUGUUGGCACAGAGACACCACAAAUAAGUCUCCCCGGCUUAAUCGAUAAAAGUGCCGGGGAGGAAUUGCCCAAGUGGAGAGAAAAGAAUUGGAAGGAAGGAUUGAAUGCAGGAGCUUGCGGAGUGAGUGGGAGUUUUAGAUUGGGAGACGGGGGUGGUUCUGAGAAAGAGAGGAAUGGGAAAGUGGAAGGAAGGGAGGAACAUGAAAGACCGAAAUAUAUUAUUCAUACGCACGCGCCAAAUUUCGCGGAUAAAGCGUAUAGUACGCCGUUGGUGAAACAGUUGUUGGUUAAUUGUUACCGGGGGGCUUUGGUGGAGGCUAUGGGGAUUGCGGAGAGGGAGGAGGAGGGAGAGAGGCAAGAAAGAGAGGAGACAGAGAGGCAAACAGAUGAAGAAGAGAAAGAGGAGGAGGGAAUUGCGUCGAAUACAACAAUAAAAGGAAUUGUUGGGAAUGCAGUGUUCUCCACGACCACAGGAGAAGAUAUGAUCAUGGCGGAGACAGAGCCAAAUACAGAUGAGGAUAUGUCAGCAGAAAGGGAAAGUACACCAGACAUGUCAAGGAAAAGAGGAUUAGGAAGUUUCGGCACAGUUAAUAUGGCGGGGAGUAUGAGUGGUCCAGCGAGUCUAGCGAGUCCGAGUGAUAUGAGCUUAGAUGCAUUUGGUGUUUCGCCUAUUCCGUCUCCGUCUCUGCUGCCAAGUACAUCUAUCCCGUCGAUUACAUCGAUUCCGCCAAUACUACUCCCAUCAUCUAUAUCAUCCACAUCCGUCCCCUUAAUUUCUCACAGUCUUUCGAAGCAUCAUAUUCCGCAAUCCUCGCCCAAACCAACAGGUAUAACCGUCGCUUUCCCAGCUAUCUCCACGGGUCAUAAAUCCUUCCCCCACCGUCUCGCUGCUCGCAUUGCCGUAGGUACUGUGAGAGACUUCCUGCGUCAUCCUGUUUUCGGCGCUAUACGACGGAAAAGAAUUCGGAAGGUUGUUUUUUGUGUCUGGCCUGUUGAUAGUCCGAAUCGAAAAGCGCUACAAGUAGCUUUUGGGCUUAAUUUUCCACCGCCAUUACCCCAAAGUGCACCGUUGAGUCCGGUUAGUAAUCAGCUCUCUACACCACCGUUCUCGCCGAGUGUGAAAGGGAGGAGAGGGUUUGAUUUUAAAUUGGGGUUGGCGUUGCGGGAUCUUGAGGGACAGGAAGGUGGAGUGCCGAGGAUUGUGGUUACGCCGCCUGUGACGCCGAUGGUGGGCUUGGGUAUGAGUUUGAGUUUGGGGGCUGGAGAGAAGGAGAGGGAGAGGGAUGCUUCUGGUUUGGGAAGUGAGGAGGUGGAGAGAUUGAGUGGGGAGGAUGGGGAUUUGGGAGAUGAGGGGAGUGAGAGUGGGGAGGAUGUGGGAAUGGAUGUGUAUGUGGAGAACAAGAAAGAGGAGAUGGAGAAGAAGGACUUAGAAGUGGAAACAGAUACAGAAAUGGAAGGGAGUCAUGAUAUUAGUAUUAGUGAGAAUUUGACAGCGGGAGUUGAGCGAGAAGUUGAGGAAGCGGGACUAAGAGAGGAAUUAAGACUUCUCGAAGCAAAAUUGGAGGAGGAACUGAGAGAGGAAGUGAGACUACUCAAAGCAGAAGUAGAGAAGGGAAGACUGAAAGAGAAAUUGAGACUACUUAAGAUAGAAGUGGAGAAGUUGGAACUGAAAGAACAAGUGAGAGUACUCAAAGCAGAAAUAAAGAGAGAUUUCGGACGGAAAGAUAAUCGUGGAAGAGGGAAAAGAGGAAGAAAAGAAACAUAUAGACAGAGGAAAAGACAACUGGGGUUGAGAUUGGCUGCUGCGAUGAGUGUGAGGAGGGAAAGAGAGAAGAGGAAAGGAUAUUUGAGUUCGGGUGAGAGAUUGAUGGUUGGAGAAAGGGAUACGAGGACACCAGAGAGGAUGCCAGGAAGUCAAGAGAGGAAGAUGGAGAGAAGUGGUGCUGGAAGAAUAGGAGAGGAAGAUGUAGACCGAAUGAAAAUGACUGAUAACGAUGCUCGGAGACCCGAAAGAAUGCCAAGCAUCGAAGAAAGACAAGCAAAACGAAGUCGAUCUAAAGAUCAUGAAUCACGGGAAAACAAAACGGUCGGUGGAUAUAUCCGUCGACAUGGAGGAAAGGAAACGAGAAAUAAACGAGAGAGGAGAUAUCCGGAACGGGUUGGUGUAGGAGAUAUCAAAGGGGGCGCUAAAAGAGGGAUGCCAAGUAUACGACCAGGAGAUGAUGAUGAUGAGAUAUAUGGAGGGAGGAAAGAGGGGAAAAGGAGGAGAUAG